UCAUUGAGAAACAAUCAAAGCAGAACAACCUCUCUGUCUUCUCACAGAUCUUUUAUCCCUCUAUGUUUCCCUUCAUGAUCGUCUCAGUUUUACGUUUUUCAGCCGUUUGUUUUCAGCUGUCAGUCUUUUUUUGGUUCCUGGUGCCUCCUGGGUUUACCUGAGCGACUGAUGACAUCACUGCAGCAUUAACACACCUCUGAUUCAGCCUCCUGCUCUGCUUCCCGCUUUCUAAAGUCCAUCCAUCACCAUGAUGCCGGUUCUCUGCAGAGGGAAGUCUCCCUGGAAAAGCUUUGACUUUCAGAAUGAAUUAACAGGACCUGGAGGGAGAAAAAGGGCUGAAAGCUGCAGGAAGCUGAGGCAGAUUCAGGGGAACCAGCUGAGGAGUUCCAGUUUCCUCUGGUUCCUGCAGAGCAGAAGCUAGAUGGUCUUUGUCUGAGGAGGAGAUGCUGUGCUUCAGGCCAGGCGGUGGAUGAGGAGAGCGUCGGCCUCAGCAGCAUCCAGCCUGCUGCCAUGGCAGACUCUGAGGAAGCUGGACGGUGACUGCUGGGUCUCCAGAGGAAACGAGCUGAAAGGUGCAGGAAGGAAGGAGAGAGAGAGGAAGCCACUGCAGGACAUGGAGCCACAGCCACGGGGAGAAGAGGUGACCAGCAUGGAGGCAGAGGAUGGAGAGAAGGAGGAGGUUCUCCAGGAGACGACGGUGACCACAGCUUUUUACGGGACAGCAGAAAGGAUGGAGGAAGAGGAGGAGGAGGCUGGGUGUGAGGAAGAAACGGAGAAAGAUGAAGAUGAAGCAGAGGAGGAGGAGGAGACGAAAUCUAAGAAGUGUCUGGGAGCCUGGGAGUCUGAGGCCUCCACAGAGGGGAAGCCUCCGCUGCCUGACCCGGCCUUCAACAGGAGGUGCAGUCUGAUCCUCAGCGACGUCAGGUACAAGGAGGACUUUGAGAAGAUGAAGGGUCAGAGUCUGUUUGUGCCGGGAGCGGAGCUCAUUCACUCCAAGAACAUCAGCGCUGUCAUCUCUGAGUCUAAGUACAAGGAGGAAGGGAAGAAGGAGGCGUCCAUGUCUCUGUACUCCGUCCUGCCGGAGACUCCAGCGACGCAGCACGCCAAGGAGGCUUCAGAGCUGCAGAGCGAGAUCAAAUAUAAAGGAAACGUGAAGAUGGAGAUUUCAUCCUCGCUUUAUUCUCUGCUGCCAGAAACCACAGAGACUCAGUUUGUGAAGGAGCUGACGGAGAUGCAGAGUGAGAACAAAUACAAGGAGGAAGGGAGGAAGGAGAUGAGCAGCAGUCUUUACUCCCAGCUUCCUGAAACCUCUGAGACUCAGCUGGCCCGGACCGUCCAUCAGUUCCAGAGCCAGAAAAAGUACAAAGAAGACGGGAAGAGGAAGGCCUCCAUCUCCCUGUACUCCCAGCUGCCCGACACUCCAGAGAUCCAGCACGCCCUGGAGGUGUCCCAGCUGCAGAGCGAGGUGAACUAUCGCACCAAGCUGCCGGCUAAAGGAGCUCCAUCCUCUCUCUACUCCCAGCUGCCUGACACCUCAGAGAUCCAGUUUGCCCGAGAGAUGACGGAGCUCCACAGUGAGAGUAAAUACAAGGAGGGCGGCAGGAAGAGCCUCUCUCAGAGUUUCUACUCCCAGCUGCCAGAGACCGCAGAGACCCAGUUUGCUAAGAGCGUAGCUGAGCUUCAGAGCCAGAUGCGGUACAAGGAGUCGGGCAGGAAAGGCGUGAACUCGUCUUUGUACUCGCUGCUGCCAGAAACCAUGGAGACGGCUCGCGCCAAGGAGGUUUCUGAGAUCUGCAGUGAGCUGAAGUAUAAAGAAGAAGGCAGGAAGGAUCUGAGCAUCAACCUGUUCUCCGUGCUGCCUGAGACCAUGGAGAGCCGGCAUGCUAAGGAGGCGUCCAGCCUGCAGAGCCAGGUGAAGUAUAAAGAAGACAUGAAGGAGAAGAACCAGAGCACUUUGUACCAUCAGCUGCCUGAGACCACAGAGACACAGCUGGCCAAACAUCUGUCAGAGCUGCAGAGUGACGCGAAGUAUAAAGAAGCGGGGAAGAAGCAGAGCAGCAGCUGCCUCUACGCUCUGCUUCCUGCCACUCUGGAGACACAACAUGCUAAAGAGUCUGCAGAGCUGCUCAGUGAGGUGAAGUACAAGGAGAGCGGGAAGAGGGCGAUGUCCAGCAGCCUUUACUCCACCAUGCCUGAAACGCCAGAAAGCAGAUUCGCCAGAGAGGUCGGCGACCUGCUGAGCGAGGUUAAAUAUAAAGAGAACGCCAUGAGGAGCGUCUCUCAGAGUCUCUACAGUCAGCUGCCAGAAACAGCUGAGAUGAGGUUGGCCAAGGAUGUGGCUGAGCUGCAGAGCGAGAUGAAAUACAAGAAGGGAAAGAAAGACGUAUCUCACUCCCUGUAUGCCACUCUGCCUGAGACUCUGGAAACGCUGCACGCCAAGGAAGCUUCUGAGUUAACCAGUCAGCGGAAAUAUAAGGAGGCUGUGAAGAACGAUCUCUCCUGCAGCCUCUACCAUCAACUGCCAGAGACCUUAGAGAUGGUCCAUGCUAAGGAAGUCUCUCAGAUGCUUAGUGAGGUGAAGUACAAAGAAGAUUGUAAGGAGAUGAAUGACAACUUGUACUGUGUGCUGCCUGAGACUAUGGACACUCAGCACGCUAAGGAGAUGUCAGACCUGCAGAGUGAGGUGAAGUAUAAAGAAGACAUGAAGGAGAAGAACCAGAGCACUUUGUACCAUCAGCUGCCUGAGACCACAGAGACACAGCUGGCUAAACAUCUGUCAGAGCUGCAGAGUGACGUAAGGCUAAAAUCUUUACAGAACAUUUUUAUUGGUCAAAUUUAGAUGUUUUUAGUGCC